UUGAAAACAACACUCAUUGUUAGAAAGUGCAAGACAAAGUUUCAAUAACAAACAACAUGGAUAUGAGACUGAGCCCCACAGCAAUUGUUCUAUUCUUAUUUUUGCUUUCUGGUUCAGCUCAUUCCAUUGUCUUUGAUAUAACAACAUUUGGUGGAGCACCAAAUUCGGACAUAACACAGGCUUUCUUAAGUGCUUGGAAACAAGCAUGUGCAUCAACAAGACCAAGCAAAAUUGUGAUUUCUGAAGGGACAUACGAGAUGAAUGCAGUAGAUGUUAAAGGUCCUUGUAAGGCUCCCAUAGAGAUUCAAGUUGAUGGCACAAUUCAAGCACCAACAAACCCAUUUGCACUUGAUGGGGCUUUCCAAUGGGUUACAAUUGGAUAUGUUGACUACUUUACCUUAUCAGGAAGAGGUACUUUUGAUGGUCGAGGUGCAACUGCUUGGAAACUUCAAGAAGAAUGUGGAACAAACCCAGCUUGCACGAAGCGUUCCAUGAACAUUGGUUUUAAUUUCAUGAAACAUUCAGUUGUUCGGAGUGUAACUUCAAAGGACAGCAAAUUUUUUCAUGUUAGCCUUUUGGGUUGCACCGACUUCACAUUUGAUGACUUCAAGAUCAGUGCUCCAGGUGAUAGCAUCAACACUGAUGGAAUCCAUAUUGCAAAAUCAACUGAUGUGAAAAUUCUUAACAGCGACAUUGCCACCGGAGAUGACUGCGUCUCAUUGGGAGAUGGCAACAAACAAAUUACUAUCCAAAAUGUGAAAUGUGGACCUGGACAUGGCUUUAGUGUUGGAAGCUUGGGAACGAACCCAAAUGAAGAGCCUGUUGAGAAUUUAAUAGUCAAGAAUUGUACUUUGACAAAUACCCAAAAUGGUGUGAGGAUCAAAACAUGGCCUAAUGCUCCAGGAACUUCUCCUGUUACAAACUUGACCUUUGAAGACAUUACCAUGGUUAAUGUCUAUAACCCGGUGAUCAUAGAUCAACAAUAUUGUCCUUUUGAGAUAUGCUCAAAACAGAGUCCAUCAAAAAUCAAGAUAAGCAAUGUUAAAUUCAAGAACAUUAAGGGCACAUCAGAAACCAAGGAAGGAGUGAUUCUUAAUUGUAGCAGUGGGGUUCCAUGUGAGGGUGUGGAACUAAGUGAUAUUUCUCUUACAUUCGAUGGAGCUCCAGCAGUUGCUAAAUGUGCAAAUGUGAAACCCAUUAUUAUAGGAAAAGCUCCUAGUUGUAGGGCUUGAAGUCUUGGAUGGACUCAAUGUCCUAUGGUUUACUAUAUUAGCCUUUUGUUUUCUUAUUUCGCCCCUCUUAGUGCAUGUUUGCUUUAGCUGUGGCAGCGUUGCAUGUUCUAAAGAAAGUUAUAAUUUGAAGCGUUGGGAUUCAAGCGGUGGAAAUACAGUUUUGAAAUUCUAAACGUCCACCCAAACAUACUCUUUAUAGAUUCACAAGCUAGCCUUUUUUUGAAAGUAAGCUAGCCUUAGAAUGUUACUAUUAUUUGUAAUCUCUAUCCCUAUGUAUAAUCAAUUGGGUAAUGACUAGUGUAUUGUCACAUUAAGUAUGAAGGCUUUGUUUUAGAGCAA